AUGACGACGGGAAAGUGGAUGCAAGACUGCUUGAGGAUUGUGUACCAGGGGAAAGGCCAUGCCAAGAUCCCAAUGCUGAAUGUGUUGGCCAGCAAGGCUCGGAAACAUGCGAGUGCAAGCAAGAAUUCGUGGAUGAUGGAGGCAUUUGCCAGGUGCCAGCUGGAGGGGACUGCUUGCAAACUGAAGAUUGCGUAACUAAUUCCACAUGCCACCCGACUAUACACACGUGCAGUUGCAACGAGAGAUUCGCAGCAGACACUAUUACUGGCUUGUGCAGUGAGUUGGCAUCCGUA